AUGAGCGACUCAUUGGACAUGUCGACGGCUUCACUCGUUUCGCAACCUGCACGUAGUUUAUCCGAUAGCACACCCGAUGUUAUGCAAGCGUCUUCAUUGUCGUCCUCGAUACCAUCUAUGCCAUCACCCCCUUCGCCACGAUCCCUUGUCUUGACCGAAUCCGAAUCUCGUCAACACCCCACCGAUAUACCUUAUCCAGAAGUCAAUGAUAGCAAUAACUCAGUUGCAUCCUCCUCCUCGUCAUCUUCAUCAUCCGCCGUUGCACCUAAACAAAGUACGGGAGCAUCGAUUUGGAACAUGAUACGUGCAGCACUCGGCAAAGUAGCCUAUUACAUCUUCAAGGACAACAAUCUACCACUGCUAGUCAACCUUAUCUAUCAUUUGGCAGCUGCACGAUCACUGAUGCUACGACCUAAUCGGACGAUUGAUCGAUACAUCCAAGUCCCCGUCUCCAUGCAACGAGAAAAGAAACAUGUGGUGGCAGCAACGACCUUGGCUACGGAUUCAUUACGCAUGGUGGGUGUCAUGCAUUUGGCACUUGGAUUGCUAGCAGGUCUAGCACUCAAGGAACGUCGUAUCGCAGCUGAGAGAUCAGCCUUGUUGGUGUUGACAUUGGCAUCGGCAGGUCAAGCAUGGGCUCAUGCACGUGGCUAUUGGGAAUCAUCACGGUAUUAUACAUUGCGUGCUAUCCAGGAAAUCGGAUCGCUUGAUACCGGUGUGCUUUUUAUUACGGCCGUGGCAUUAUCAAAAACAGCUCGGCGUAGUGGUCAUUGGAUUUAA